AUGGUUACCAGGCGGGAGAGAAUGAAAGUCGACAAACUGGCUGCAAUAUCUGAAAUUUAUAAUGAAUUUGUUGAAAACUCAAUGAUCUGUUACACGCCCUCUGAAUUUUUAACCGUAGAUGAAAUGUUAGUUCCUUUUAGAGGGCGCUGCGGUUUUAGAAUGUACAUGCCUGUUAAGCCGGCGAAAUACGGCCUCAAGAUUCAAAUUUUAGCAGAUUCCAAAUCACAUUAUAUGAUUAAUUCUGAAAUCUACACCGGAAAACGCAGUGAUCGGUCUAACUUGUCUAUACCGACAGAAACAGUACUUCGUUUAGUUGGUCCUGUGGUUGGGACCAAUAGAAACAUAACGGGAGAUAAUUGGUACACAUCAAUGGAAUUAACUGGUGAACUUCUCAAUCGUAAGCUGACAUAUGUUGGCACAGUCAAGAAGAAUAAAAGAUUUGUUCCACCCGAAUUCUUACCUUGCAAAAAAGGUGAAGUAGAGUCCUCCAUUUUCGGGUUUACCUCUACUCACACUAUUGUGUCUCACGUUCCCAAAAAAAACAAAUCCGUAAUAUUGUUAUCGACAAUGCACAACGAUAAUGUUGUAGACGACUCAUCAAAAAAGCCAGAUAUAGUGUUAUUUUACAACGAUACAAAAGCCGGUGUUGACGCACUAGACCAGAAAUGUGCAACAUAUUCGACAUCUCGCAGGACACGCCGAUGGUCAAUGGUUAUUUUUCACAUGAUUUUGAACGUUUCUGCAAUCAACAGCAGAGUUAUCUAUCAAUUUGCUGCUGAAGGAAAAUAA